UACUAUGAAUUCUUACAUUUUGUUGUUAGCUAACUACAUUUCAAAGAGUUAACAUUAGUAGUGUAUAGCUAAUUCAAGUGCGAGAUACCUUCGAGAUUACUUUGUUUCUUAUUAUGUGUAAAAAAUAAUGAUCCGAUAAAGUCGUUCUCGUGCCGUAACAAAGUCGUCAGCUUAUACAGCUGGGAGAAAAUUUUAGAUCACAAUUCACGUCUAGCUGAUAAUAUACCGUACCAUUACGACUUGCUGACGACUGACGACAUUAUCGCAAAAAUAAUUAUGCCUUUGCCUUUCAAUAAAAAUUUAGAUUUAAAACUUUUGCAUUUAGUUAGAGAAAAUUCUGUACUCUACGACACAAAGCAUAAAAAAUAUUUGGAUUUUGAUGCUAGGGAAGUUGUAUGGCAGAAAAUUGGAGACAUUUUGCACCGACCCCCCAACCUCUGCAAGUCGCGCUGGAUAAAUAUGAGAGACAUGAUGCGUAGAAAGAUCCGCGAGCGUCAUCGUUACCCCAACCAGAGAAGAUACAACUAUAAAUAUGAGGAAGAAAUGUCCUUCAUGCUGCCAUUCUUCAAAGACACACCACCUUGUGAUUAUUCAGACUAUCUUGAAGAAGCAAGUACGUGUGAAGUGGAACUACCAGCUGAAGUGUUCGCUUCAAAUCCAAUGUUUGACAAUGAAGCAAGUGAAGCGAAACCAUUUACUAAACGAGAUGAGCGAAAGGAUUACCAAGAAUUAAAUCCAACCGAUCCUUUAGAUGGAUUUCUGAUAACGGUUGGUUCUACCUUACGGAAAUUUACGCCAUAUUAUUUGAAUCACGCCAAGAGCAAAAUAUUUCAGAUAGUGCAAGAGUAUGAGUUGCAGCAAAUUGUUAACAAAGAUAAUCAACCUAGUACAAGCUGUGAUACAAAUAGGUAGAUGAUCUGCAUUUUAUAAGAUAUGUCUGUUAAGUAGCAUUGUACAUUUCUUUAAAAUAAAGGUUCCUGAUUCAUAAAA